GGUUGCGGUACGUUAUUAAAUUACGAUUUUGUUUAUUAAACUACGAUAACGGUAAUAACCUGGUAACAAACUAAUAAAUUACCGGAGAAUAGUCAUCAAAACAAAGUUUCAUUUUCGAGGUUCUUGAAAAAUCCAGCCAAAACUGAUCCUGCUGACUCGUAAUUAUCGAUACUGGGCUACUUUCAUAGGACGCAAACAAAAAACCAUGAGGAGGAGAAAGGCAGAAAAGACAUCGCAAGCUGCAUCAGCUAUCACUGAAGAUAUACCCAACACGAACAACCCAAUUUGUCGUUUUUGCCUGGAAACAUCGACGCUUGAUAUGGCAAUAAUUUCCUCAUCUCCUUCGACUGCUGGCGUACCGACUACGGAAGAAAUUUGGAUAAUGUUAGGAAUUAAGGUUGAUCCACAUGAUGACCUGCCAAAGCAAAUCUGCGUUACGUGUUUGACGAAAGUUAACUACAUUAAACGAAUACGCAAGCAGUUCCAACAAGCCAACGACACUUUGCACCAGUUACAUAAUCCGGAACCCUUACACAGCAAUGAAGAGAAUCCCGAAAAUACGGAUAGUGAAACGGUUGAGGAAACAAAAUCUCUUGUAGAAAAAUGCCCCAGUCCGCAACCCUCUGCGGUGUCGUACGUACAACAUUACGAACCACAAGAGCAUUGCGAGCGAGGUGACGAACUUCUAACCGAAGAUCAAAUAACGAUUGUGCAGGAGGAGGAAAUCAGGGAUGAAAUGAUAACGAUUAUAAAAAUGGAAUCCGACGAAGACAACGUGAGCGGAGAAGCUGUAGAUGAAGCUAGCAGUAUUGUAGAUUUACUGUACACCGGAAGGUUCGUCAAAAAUCCUACCAUCAAUACCGUACCGGGGUCAGAGGGAGCGGUCGUUCCGCUCGGUUUCAGCGAACGAGCGUCGAAAUCGUCCGAAUCGAUGGGCCGACCGAAAAAGCGGCGCUGCUACGGGCGAUUUCGCUUUGAAAAGCCCGUUGAGUAAUAACAUUUUCAACUGUUGAUCUGUGGAUUUGAUUGGAAACUACACUGAAUAUUGCAUACGGUAUUUGCAAUUUUUUUGUUUUAUGAUAGGGAAUGGCUUCAGGGAUGGUUCGAUCACUUUAACUGAAUUUUGAUUCAUUAGAGAGUACCGCCUCAGCCGAGCCAAAUUUGACAAAGUGAUGUAUGAGACAUUUGUAAAACUGGUUAUUAUCUAUAAUU